AUGGAUAAUUAUAAUGCAUCUAUACAGAAACCACAGUCUGAAUCAGAGACAGUGAAGCCUCAUCAGCCAUUCUUUAGAAGAUUCUCUAUUGAAGAAGGUGGCAUCGAACGAGUCACCGAUGAAGAGCGACAACAGAAUACAACCAAGUUCUGGCACGCUGCUACAUUCUGGUUCAGUGCAAACAUGGCCGUGGCUACCCUCAACAUCGGCUCCUUGGGAGGUUCACUCGGCCUUCCCUUUUGGGACUGCUUCAUCGUCAUUCUCAUAGUCAACAUCACAAGCAACUUGUUACCAGCCUGGACAUCUGUAUUUGGAUUAACCGGGCUACGCAUGACGACGUUCUCGCGAUACUCAUUCGGCUACUGGGGCAACAUGCUCGUCGUGAUAUUCUCCAUGGUCGCCACAACAGGCUGGAACGCCAUCAAUUCUAUCUCCGGGGCAGCCGUCCUGCACGCCGUCUCAGAUGGCCGAUUCCCCAUCUGGGCGGGCGUCAUCGUGAUCUGUGUGGCUGUCUGGGUUAUCUGCGUUCUAGGUAUUACCUGGAUCCAUCGCCUCGACACAUUUAUUUGGAUCCCGCCUUUGAUUGUGUGGUGUGUCGCAGCUGGGACGGGUGCUUCUCAGCUCACCGGUGAGGACCAUGUGCGUCUUCAGGGCUCAGACAAAGCAGCUGCUAUUCUUACAUUCAUGGCUUUGAUCUUUUCCUUCUCGGUAUCCUGGGUGAAUUGUGCGGCGGAUUAUAAUGUGCGCAUGCCUAAGGAUACGCCGCGCUGGCAGAUCUUCGGUGCGACCUAUGUGGGUAUCACUGUUCCUACUAUCCUUGUUCAGACUCUUGGUGCGGCAUUGUAUACAGGUACGAUUACCAAUGCUGCGUGGAAAGAGGCGUAUACGGCUUCUUCAAUUGGAGGAUUGCUCAAAAUGGCAUUGGAACCUGCAGGGGGAUUUGGAAAAUUUUUGAUGGUUCUUGCGGCAUUGAGCUCAAUUCCGAAUAACAUCCCAAACAACUACUCCUUUGCACUACACGCACAGAAUUUGGGACCGUGGGCUUUGCGAAUUCCCCGUGUGGUUAUGGUCACUCUUGGAUUUAUCGCGGCGAUAAUAAUCGGUUGUUGUGCAGCCAGAUAUUUCUCGGAUACUCUGCAGACAUUGCUUAGUGUGAUUGGGUACUGGACUGUAAUCCACAUCACUCUAGUGAUGGAAGAACAUUUCAUUUUCCGACGUGGAUGGAAUGGAUAUGAUUUCGACGCUUGGAACAGCGUCGCUAAAUUGCCAUUUGGAUGGGCCGCGAUUGGGGCUUUCGCCUUUGGGUUCCUGGGUGCCGCUCUUGGUAUGAAAACCGCGUGGUAUUCAGGUCCUAUUGCUUCUUUGAUUGGCAAGAAAGGUGCAAAUAUAGGUCAUGAGUUGACAUUUGCGUUCUCUGGGGCCGUAUUCCCUCUGUUCCGGUGGAUUGAAAAGCAUUAUGGGGGCCGGUGA